AGGCCCUUAAUUUGGCUAUGUCUCUUUAAGAUUCCCGUAUUUUUAGAAAAUACCCCACAUCCAACAUGGUGCCACCGUCACCAAAUUACAUGCCUCUCUGUGAGACAACAGUCUGACGGCCAACAGCAUGCAACUCAGAUAGUGUCCCAACUACAUCUUCGGCCAAGUGUUACAUGCAAUCACAAGGGGCAAAUGACACAACAGCGUAAAAUCCCCCCUAGCCAAAACAAAUGACAAAAGGGAAAGGAGCAUGGCAGGCUACGGAUCAAUUCCAUCACCCAAUAGCUCCCUCGAUCAACAGGCCCCAUCUCGGUCAAGCUCAAAAAAAAAAAAGAUAUACGUAGUAGCAAGAGAUUCAUCAACCAGGAAGAUUAGUGCCUAGCUUAAACGGAUUUAAGAAGGUUCAGUUCGGCAAUUUGAACCUGAGAGUGGUUAAUUCAUGAUCAGAGAGGGCUUUUAUACGAAUCUGCAGUUGUUAAGUUCAUGGCGAACAAACAGUCAUCAACCGGUCAAAGACCAUUGAAUGAAGAUGAGGUGAAAAGAUUUGAUUAUUCCUGAAUAAUCAAAAGGUAGGUCAAUUGUAAGAAGACCGCUAAAAGAUUGGAUUAUUAGUUUCCAUUUUCCGUAUUGUUUUUGAAAAUGUGGUUGAAUGUUGUUUACUUUUGUGUUUUUUCUUCUUCUGAUUCUGUGUUUAUGAACAAUGAUCAUCUCCUAAUGUAGCACAAGCAGAAGAAUUUCUACCUUACUUUCUAUGUUGCCUCUAUUUGGGCUAGUCUUUGUUUAUACAUUGGUGGAGAUUCUGGACUCUCCACUUCUGAAAAGCUGUAGAACGUUUCCAGUAUCAAAUUUAUGAAAAAAAUAUACUACCUGUUUUAGACAUAAGUGGUGCAAUGAUGUCACUAGUCUCACAAUUGUGGUACUCUAAAACUAGACAUACGUUUCAGUUUUUACUAAAAGAAAACAAUAUAUUUUACGUAUGCAAUUUAUAGUUAUAUACAGUAAACCUGAGUUUUAUAAAGCUGAGGUGUCGCUUUCUUAUUGGUUAAUGCGAAUAAUAAUUAAUAAUUAUUAAUACUUUAAGGCCCUGUUUGGUUGGAGGGUUUCGGAGGGGAGGGGAGGGGAGGAAAGUGGGGGAUUUGUGUGUGUUUGGUUGAAGGAAAUAGGGGGAAGGGGAGGAAAAUGGAAGGCUUUCCAAAUCUUCCACUUUCUCCCAUUCUAAACCCCCCAAAUCGGGGCAUUUCGGAGGAAACGUGUUGAUAACUACAAACUAUCCAUCUCCGUGAAUGAACAAAACGUUAUACUACGUAAUAUAAAAAGGUAAAAAACAAAAAGUUUUGAAAAACUAAAAAAUUAAAAAAUUAAAAAAUUUAAAGAUUAAAAAAUUUAAAAAUUACAAAUUUGAAAAAUUAAAAAAUAUAAAAAUUAUAAAAUAAAAAUUUUAAAAAUUAAAAAUAAAAAAAUUUAAAAAAUAAAAAAGAAAAAAUUAGAAAUUCCAAACUGAAAAAUGAAAAAUUAUAAAAUUAAAAAAGUAAAAAAUCAAAUAAAAUAAAAUUAUGACUCAUGACCAUAGGAGUAAUAUUCACAAUAGUUAGACAUGUAUCUAUUUUUUUAAGUAAGCUAUCAAAUAAAAGUAAAUUGCGGAAAUAUUUUCAUUAAACCUUUCCUCUUAUUUUCUCCAACCAGUCACAAUUUUUUAUCAAAAUCCUUCCUUCCCCUUCCCUUCCCUCCUUGACUCUCCCCUUCCCUCCCCUCCUUUGAACCAAACAAGGCCUAAAGCAUUAAGUAAUUCAUUCAUUAAAUGCUACGAGAUAAACUAGCUAGGGCCGGACUCCUAAGCAGGGGCGGAGCGAAGGGGCGGUCAGGGUGAUCAGCCGACCCCACUGAAAGUUUAAGAGUAUAGAGCUCUGAAAUAUCUUCGGUUUGAUAUAUUAUGGCCCUCGUAACUCAUUACGAGUAAAAAGUUAUGACUUAUGGAAAAUCAGCACUACCUAAACGUAAAAUCAGCAAAACUUUGAUGCAUACUAUAGAUUAAAAAAUAGGGUAUAAUUCACUCAAUACUUACAUGACACGACUCGGAAACAGAACAAAAACAAUCUAUCUUAUUGCAUCGAGUGUCUAUUUAUCUAAACUGCAUAUGAAAUAUUCAACUCCGACAUUGUUUAAAAACGAUCCACCAUUUUCAUUCUAAAGAUAGGUAGAGUUUCGACCCCCUGAACCAUUUUUCUGGCUCCGCUACUGCUCCUAAGUGUACUCUACUAAUUAAUUAAAUGCUUAAACUUCACACUAUAUAUAAUCCCCACAUGCUAGAAACAUGUUAUCGUUACUUUUAAUUUUUUUUUAUUAAAUACAUAUCCACAAUAAAAAAUUAAAUACGUACAUAUCUAAUAGGAGUCUACUCUCUUUAAAAUGCUAUUUUUAGAUGUCAAAUUUAUUAAAUUCAUUUUUUCAGCGAUAAGCUUCUUUUAGUCAUCUUUCUAAAUACUUCAUUACUAAUUUCAUUUUUAGUGCAUUAGAAGACCAAACUAGCUAUUUAGUAACAUCAACUAUUAUUGUGUAACAUCAAGUCACAAAUAUAACUUAGCAAAUACUCCCCUGUGCUCGAUAGAACUUGAUGUUUGCUUUUGACACGGUAUUUUAAGAGCUCAAUUAAUAGAAGAACAAAUGUAUUGCAUGCCCUUUGACUUUUGGGAAGAAGUAAAGAUAUCCUCACAAAUGUAAAAAGUGAAUGAGUAGUGAAGGGUAGUUAGGACAUUUAAUGUAAAAGGAGUUUCCUAAAAAGGAAACGUAAACGAGUAAAUAGGACGUCCCAAAAAGGAAAGUGACCAUGUUACACUAAAUAUUGAUGAUCAUACUAAAGUAACACCCGGGUGUAACACCCUGGACUAAAAAUCUACAUUUUAUGUUUAUCAUCAGUUAUAAAAAAUGUUAAAUCUACUACUGAUAGAGUAUAUCUAGAAAGAAGUGAGAGCUAGAGAGAGAAGUAGUAUAUUUGCUUGGUAUUAAUGAAUUCUGAACCCCUACAACUACUCCCAAGGGGAGUAUUUAUAGAGAAAAUACGAGCUCGACUCCCAAGCCUUGGGCUUGGGAGGCCCAUUUACAACUGGACCGCUACUGGGCCGAAUACAAAGCCACUAAUGGGCUGUACAAAUGAGUAAGUGUAGAAUCCGGUUCUGUGGAGUCUUCGUGGCCGACGAGGGCGUGGCCGACGAGGGCACGGCCGACGAGGGCACUCGGGUUCCUUGGCUUCAGGACCAUAAUCUGAGUUGGCACCUUUUCGGCCGACGGGGGUCCCUUGGCCAACGAGGGCGCCACUCUGUGUCUUGUGCUUUCUGUUCUUCCGAGUAUGUGGGUCCGGGGGCUCAGACCCAUAUACUCCAUCAGGAGUCUCCCACUCUCUAAGCUGAGACGUAGACGAAGUGAAGGAGAGUAGAUUCUCGUGCUUUAGUGCUUUUGGCCGACGCGGGCAUUCCCAGGCCGUCAGCUGUUGCGGCGUUGGUGUUGUUUCCAUUUUGGUGAUCCUGUUCUGUGCCUUGGCCGUUACCUGCUCCUCGCUGUGGGCGGGGAGGCCGUUGUUUCCUUGAUGUGUUCAUUUGGGGACGAUAAGUGUCCUACUUCAAUGGUGGCCGUUGAAGGCAUGCUUUCCCUUUCUUGGACGUCGAUGGUUGAAGUUUUACGUUCAAGCCGAUGAGGUCACUGAGGUUGAACCUUGCUUUGAGGACGAUGGCGUCCUUUCCUUUGGGUGGCCGAUGAGGGUGUUUGCGCUCCUUUUGGCCGUCGCUGAUUGGCUUUCCUGUUCUUGGCCAAAGAGCCCAUCAUGAUUAACUGUUGGCGGAGGACGAUGAGUGUCCUUGACUUAGGUGUCCAGUUGGCCGUUGCUGAUGACGUUAUGUGCCUUUGGCCGACGAGGCCAUGCUUUGUGGUACAUGGCCGAUGUGGCCAUGCUUUGUGGUUACAUUUUUGUUGAGGCCGGUGUAGUCCCCCAGUCCCCCACUGCUUCAGGCCGAAGAGUGUGAGGGGUGAAGGAGUUGCUUGAGUCCCAGGCCGAAGCGGCCUCUCCGUAGUGCCCCUGAAUCCAACCCUUAUGGCGAUUUUCUGGCCAAGGUAACCCUGUGGGAGAACCCUUGUGCGCAGAUCGCUUGUAAAGAGUUAUCAUCAAGGGUCGUUACGAGGAGCCGAUGGCUGUGGGUUCUUUGUUCCUUUGGUCCUGUGGCCGUCCAUUAUGUUCCUGGCCGUUGUCAUCUCCCUAUUGUUGGCAUUUGUGAAUUUGGCAAGUAAAUAGGCCGUUGUGGGCGCUUGCUGGCACUUGUGAAGCCGGCAAGCGUAUAGGCCGUAGAGUCUGUUUUGCCGGUGGGUUCUUGAUGUGUAGCUUGUCCCGUUGGUGACGUGGUGGCCUCUCAUUGGUGGCCGUUGAUGUGGCCAUUGGGAGGGUGCCACGUGUAGUGACCGUUGGGUGGGGGGUUCUAUAAAUACCCCUCCCCCUCCGACGAGAAAACUCAUUUGCAUUCUGAGUUUGUCGAAGUGCUGGCCGGAUUUCAAGAGAGAUAAACUCUCAAGCUUGUUCUUCGUGUUCUUCGUGUUCAAGGUUAGUGUUCAUCGAAAUCCUCUCUGUACUUUGCAUGUUUUGCUUCCUAGGCUAGUGAUCUAGUGUUAGGCCCUUGAAUAUCCUUAGAUCUUGAAGUAGGCUGCAGUAUAUCCGAGAUAGUGUUUAAGAUGAAAAACUUCAACGAAGAGUACUAUCUCUAUGACGACGAGCCCUCUGCCCAGUCCCUUGAUUAUGAGCUGGUCGAGGAGUUCUGUGAGGAGCUUGAGAAUCUGAGUUCGUUCCGGACCGGGGAGCCGGCCGAGGAGGACCGUGCAGACGAGGGGUCCGCGUCAUCGUCUGGGGGUGAGGAAGCAGGGGUCUCCCGAACUGCUGAUGGGGCGUCCACGUCGGCUGCCAUCCCCUGCCCGAAACCUGUGUCUGCUGUGAAGGGCGUUGCGCCGCCGAGGAGGGUGAGGAGGCCGAAGAGAGGGUCGGCCUUUUCUAACCUUGACUUGACGAACAUCUACGUUAUCAGGCCGGAGAGUAAUGCGGGGGAAUACCUGGUCGCCCAAAUGUAUGUGGGGCCGUAUGGUAGGGUUAGGGCCCCCAGGCCGAUGGACCAUGUCCUCAAUCCCCCCCCCCCCCCCCCGGGCUACUUCGGAGUGUACCCGAUGAGUUUUGCUAAAGGACUUAGGUUCCCGCUUCAUCCCUUUAUCACUGAGUACCUGGAUAUGGUGGGGCUCCCUCCGGCCUUGUUGACGCCGAAUAGCUACUCGCUCAUCGUCGGCUUCCUCCUGCGGUGUGCUG